CAGCAGUGCGCCCACCUUUGUCCAGCAGUGCCACCUACCUGUGCCCAGCAGUGUCACCCACCUGUGCCCACCAGUGACACCGAUCAGUGCAGCCCAGCAGUGCUGCCAGUCAGUGCCACCAGUCAGUGCCAGCGGUUGUGCCAGUCAGUGCCCAACAGUUGCGCCAGUCAAUGCCUAGCAGUGCCACCAUCAGUGCCACCUAUAAGUGCUGUCUAUCAGUGCCGCCUAUCCGUGACACCUCAUUAGUGCCGCCUAUCUGUGCCACCUCAUUAGUGCCACCUAUCAGUGCCGCCUAUUAGCGCCCAUCAGUGCUGCCUCAUCAACGCACAUCAGUGAAGGAGAAAAAUUACCUGGUUGA